UAGUUAGCACGUGGGAGAGUAAACACCCCAGUGGAUGCAAGCUCGGGCUUUUUCUCAUGAAGCUCUCUUGCUCUCACAGUCAUCUUCAGAUAUUGCUGAUACUGAAAAAAUAGAAGAAAACUUGAAGCACAAUGUGCACCCUGAAGCUGCCUAUAGCUCUCAUCAUACUCGCUGUUGCAUUAAACCGUCUGAGAGCUACACCCGUUGAAAGACAGGAAUGGAUAGUUCCCGUUUUGUCAAGAAAUAUGCUGUUGGAACUUAGAGGGACAAGGCCAGAAUACGAAGCAAGAAAAACCAAAAGUAUUGCCAGCCAUCAGGUGGAAAAACGGAAGUGCAACACUGCCACGUGUGCAACGCAACGCCUGGCAAAUUUCUUAGUUCGCUCCAGCAACAACCUGGGGGCCGUUCUUCCACCUACCAACGUGGGCUCCAAUACGUAUGGCAAGAGGAAUGCACUCGGGGUUUUAAACAGAGAACCACUGAAUUACCUGACCGUUUAGAGGUCAAUGCACCUCUACAGUUCUCACUGUUUUAUGUCUAAGUACUCUGAUGAUUUCCUGUACAAUCUAAUAGUGCCUUUUUCAUUUCAAGUGUGAAUGUACAAGUCUGUGUGCCCUAUGUCUGUUACUAGUACAUAUCAAUUGUCAUGUUAACGAUUGUUUUAAAUUAAGUAGUAAAUGAAGGUCCCAUAAUUCCAUAAUAACAAGACAAUGUCUUUAAAAAAUGAAAUGGUUUUUGCUAUAGAUUUUUCUUUCGAAAGCAUAAAAAAUGUCUUUUUUUAAAA